AGAAAAGAAGGAGGGCUUUUCCAAAUCCUUUACGAGGAAGUUUGUGCCGUUUUCCCAUGCUGUCCGUACUGUGUUUAAUAAUGCGAUUGUGACCUGAGUGGAAUUUAUGAGCGAUGAACUAUUGAAGCUUGUUGCACCACUGCAUCAGACUACAAUUUUUUUUUUCCUCUCUCAGCACAUGAUUCCCCUAUUCCAGCUGUUGCAGGACCUAUUGGCCAGUAAUAGAGGGAUGGGAAGCUGAGGCAGUUUAUUUUCAGAUUCUUCUGUUCUGGGGACUUGGCUAGUUAGCUGAAGCUGCUGCUGCUUUUUACUGGAUCUGCUCUUUACUCGGCAGGUUUAUUUGUUUUCAUGUACACGGGGUGUUUCAAUUAAAUAGACAUUGGACUAGAGCUGAAUGGAUGCUUUGCAAACCAAAAAGUUUUUGGGGCUAACAAAAAAGUACUAAGAACAGAGAAGAACUGGUACUGCAGGAAACCUGGGGCCUGUUUUCCAACCCUUAUUUUUUUCAGCAAGAUGAUGUGUGAGGUGAUGCCAACCAUCAGUGAGGCAGAGAUUCCCUCUGGGGGAAAUGGAGGCCAUGGUUCAGGUUCCCCGUUACAGUCAGAUGCUGAUUCCCAUUUUGAGCAAUUAAUGGUAUCCAUGUUGGAAGAAAGGGAUCGCCUUCUGGAAACACUAAGAGAAACUCAGGAGACGCUAGCAUUGACCCAGGGCAAGCUACAUGAAGUUGGUCAUGAGAGAGAUUCCUUGCAGAGACAGCUCAAUACUGCACUUCCACAGGAAUUUGCAGCACUUACAAAAGAGCUAAAUGUGUGCAGGGAGCAGCUGCUUGAAAGGGAAGAAGAAAUCGCUGAACUGAAAGCAGAAAGAAAUAAUACAAGGCUGUUACUGGAACAUUUGGAGUGUCUUGUCUCCAGGCAUGAGCGAUCUCUCAGAAUGACUGUUGUAAAGAGACAAGCUCAGUCUCCAGCAGGAGUUUCUAGUGAAGUGGAAGUUCUCAAAGCACUAAAAUCUUUAUUUGAACACCAUAAAGCCCUUGAUGAAAAGGUAAGGGAGAGGUUACGAGUAGCACUUGAAAGAUGUAGCUUAUUGGAAGAAGAACUAGGUACUACGCAUAAAGAGUUAAUGAUUCUGAAAGAGCAAAAUAAUCAGAAGAAAACACUUCCAGAUGGGAUGCUGGAUAUAAAUCAUGAACAAGAAAAUACACCAACUACAAAUGGGAAGCGAUCCUCUGAUGGUUCUUUAUGCCACGAUGAAAACCUUGCUAAAGUGAUCGAACUCCAAGACAUCAUAGAUAAGCAAAACAAAGAGCAGACACAAAUGAAAGAACGUCUUACUGCUUUGUCUAGCAGAGUAACAGAGCUGGAAGAAGAUCUUGACACAGCUAGAAAAGACUUAAUAAAAUCUGAAGAAAUGAAUACAAAGUUACAGAGAGAUGUACGAGAGACUAUGGCCCAAAAGGAAGACAUGGAAGAGAGAAUUACAACUCUUGAGAAACGCUACCUCGCUGCACAACGUGAAGCUACAUCUGUGCAUGACCUCAAUGAUAAACUUGAAAAUGAAAUUGCCACUAAAGACUCCAUGCAUCGACAGAGUGAAGAUAAGAAUAGGCAAUUGCAAGAACGACUGGAACUAGCUGAGCAAAAGCUGCAGCAGACUUUGAGAAAAGCUGAAACUUUGCCAGAGGUGGAAGCUGAGCUGGCACAGAGAGUUGCAGCACUUUCAAAGGCUGAGGAGAGACAUGGCAAUAUAGAGGAACGACUGAGACAGAUGGAAGCACAGCUAGAAGAAAAGAAUCAAGAACUGCAAAGGGCUAGACAGAGAGAGAAGAUGAAUGAAGAGCAUAAUAAACGUUUGUCAGAAACUGUUGAUAAGCUUCUGUCUGAAUCUAAUGAAAGGCUUCAGCUUCAUCUCAAGGAACGAAUGGCUGCCUUGGAAGAUAAGAAUUCACUUCUUCGAGAAAUUGAAAAUGCAAAAAAACAAAUAGAGGAACUUCAGCAUGAAAAGGAUCAACUUGUAUUAAAUGUUGAAGCAUUAAGGGCUGAAAAUGACCAAGUGAGACUCAGAGCCACAUCACUUCAUCAUAGACCAGAUUUCAGAUACCCUAUGACAUCUUCAACUGUUGCUGACAGUCAUACAGACUCCUAUGGCACCUCAUCAGUGUUAAGGCGUCCCCAGAAAGGACGUUUGGCAGCUCUCAGAGAUGAACCUUCAAAGGUUCAAACUCUAAACGAGCAGGACUGGGAGCGAGCCCAGCAAGCAAGUGUAUUGGCAAAUGUGGCACAAGCAUUUGAAAGUGAUGUUGAUGUGUCUGAUAUUGAGGAUGAUAGGGAGACUAUAUUCAGUUCAGUUGAUCUGCUAUCACCAAGUGGUCAGGCUGAUGCUCAGACUUUGGCCUUGAUGCUUCAAGAACAGUUGGAUGCAAUCAACAAAGAGAUUAGACUUAUACAAGAAGAAAAGGAAAACACAGAGCAGCGUGCAGAGGAGAUUGAAAGCAGAGUGGGUAGUGGAAAUUUGGAUGCCCAUGGCCGAUUCCGGUCCAUGAGCUCCAUUCCUCCUCCCUAUGCAAGUGGUUCACUUGCGGGUUCUUCCCCGCCUGGCAGUGGCCGCUCCACCCCAAGGCGGAUUCCACACAGUCCAGCUCGGGAAGUGGACAGACUAGGUAUCAUGACACUGUCUCCAGCUUCUAGAGAAGAGGUACGAGAUGAUAAAACCACAAUAAAAUGUGAGACAUCACCCCCUUCUUCACCUCGAUCUUUGCGUUUGGACAGAGUCCAAAAAGGAGCUUUGCAUACAGUGAGCCAUGAAGAUAUCAGGGACAUUAGAAAUUCAACAGGCUCGCAAGAUGGGCAAACAAGUAAUCCUAGUAGCAGCAAUAGUAGCCAAGAUUCGCUUCAUAAAGCCCCCAAAAAGAAGGGGAUCAAAUCCUCUAUUGGCCGCUUGUUUGGCAAGAAAGAAAAGGGACGACCUGGACAAACAGGCAAGGAAACAUUAGGACAAGGUGGCAUGGGAGAAGCAGAUAGUUCCUCUCAGGAUGCAUUAGGUCUCAGCAAGCUUGGAGGUCAGGCGGAAAAAAACCGGAAAAUGCAGAAAAAGCAUGAGUUGCUAGAGGAAGCCAGAAGACAAGGUUUGCCUUUUGCACAGUGGGAUGGGCCUACUGUGGUUGUGUGGUUGGAGCUGUGGGUUGGGAUGCCAGCCUGGUACGUGGCUGCUUGCCGAGCAAAUGUGAAAAGCGGUGCUAUCAUGUCAGCCUUGUCUGAUACAGAAAUACAGCGUGAAAUUGGAAUUAGUAAUCCUCUGCACAGACUGAAGUUGAGGCUGGCUAUUCAAGAAAUCAUGUCACUAACAAGUCCAUCUGCGCCUCCCACCUCAAGGACGACGUUAGCGUAUGGUGAUAUGAACCAUGAGUGGAUUGGCAAUGAAUGGCUCCCUAGUCUGGGGCUCCCUCAGUAUCGCAGCUAUUUCAUGGAAUGUCUUGUUGAUGCUCGAAUGCUGGAUCAUUUAACUAAAAAAGAUCUGCGUGGACAACUUAAAAUGGUGGACAGCUUUCACAGAAAUAGUUUUCAAUGUGGAAUUAUGUGCCUACGAAGACUGAAUUAUGAUCGAAAAGAACUUGAAAGAAAAAGAGAAGAAAGCCAGAAUGAAAUUAAGGAUGUCCUUGUCUGGAGCAAUGAAAGAAUGAUGCAUUGGGUAGUGUCCAUUGGUCUUAAAGAAUAUGCGAAUAACCUUAUAGAGAGCGGAGUUCAUGGUGCACUUGUGGCCUUAGAUGAAUCAUUUGAUUACAAUGCAUUAGCUCUCUUAUUACAAAUACCCACUCAAAACACACAGGCUCGUGCUGUUCUGGAGAAGGAAUUUAAUAACCUUCUUGCUAUGGGCACUGACAGAAGACUUGAUGAAGAUGAUGAUAAGAGCUUUAGGAGAGCACCUUCAUGGAGAAAGAAGUUUAGACCAAAGGACAUACGAGGUUUAGCUGCUGGAUCAGCAGAGACUCUUCCUGCAAAUUUCAGAGUUACAACCUCAAUGUCUUCACCCUCUAUGCAGCCAAAGAAGAUGCAGAUUGAUGGCAGUGUAUCAGGAACACAAAGAUUGGAUUCUGCAACAGUAAGGACCUACUCCUGUUAAAGCCUUCUCCUGUUUACCCACACUAUUUCUACCGGUAAUAUGCAGCAUUUUGAACAUUUGGAACCCUUAACCUGUUAAUACUUGUUAAAUGGACACUUUGAGAUAUUUUAUUACAGAGUUUUAAAUUAGCAAAUAAAUUCAUGAGUACUAUAGAGAAAAUAUUUUAGAAUCUAAAUGUUUCUUAUAUUUAUGUGACUUCUCAUUUAUAUAGUUACUUACUUUUUCUGUUUCUAUUCAGUCUACAAAUCAAGUCAUUGCUGAUUUUUUUAUUCUAAUUUUAGUCUUUCCAACUGAAUGUACUGUAAUGCUUGUAUGUAUAUGUCCCUAUAAGUAAUAUAGGGUUUUUGUAAAUUAUGCAGUUACUGUAAUUAUCAUUGUUUUUUAAUAAUGAAACUGAAGGUGAAAAGGAUUUUAAUACCUUUGUAAAAGUAUCAUGACACCAAGCAGUAUAUAUUUUGUCUUUUGGAAAUGUUAGCUUAAAUCUGAAAUAAAAGUCCAGCUUUUUUUCAGGUAAGCGUAUGUUGUUGUAGAAGGUAUGGUACAUGAUUGUUCUUCUUUUCAGAACUGUACCUUUCCACAAAGAGGAUUUGUCAAGUACUGGGAAUUUUGUUUUUAUUUAAAAUAUAACUCGUUUUAAAAGCUGGGAAGAACUAUAACACUAUGAAACACUUUUGUAGAAGUGAUUGACUCGGUCAUAACACUCUCUGCUGUAUUUGUCUAGCGUAUCUUCACAGUGACUGAAACCAAGCCAUAAACCAAGAACUGUGUUUGUGUGUUUUUUUUUUUUUUUUCUUUAACUGAGGAAGAUAUACUUCAUAAUAAUUCCUGGUCGUAAUCCACAGGCCACAGAGAGUUUUUGUCCUAGAUCUUUUUGAUUGAAAACACUUGUGGAAAGAUGCUGGUGCAACUAGUUUUAAUGGACCAAUCAUGAAGCACUGCAGUCUCAUGUCAAACGAGUAGUGAAAGAUGAAGGUACAAUGGGCUGAAAACUAAAGCAGUGCAACUUCUAAUAAAGGCCUUACUUUUCUUAUGUAAGUCAUCUUUUGUGUUUUGUAAACUUGUUCUAAAGACUUGUCUGGACUUUAAUUUUGGUGGUUGUAGCCGUUUUGGACUAUAUGAGUAGAAAAUGUAUCCACACUUGUAAAUGGCAUAUUAAAAAGCCAGCAAGAAUCUGUUCAGACGGUGCAUUAUUUAUUAUGCAACAAUAUAUAUAGCAUGUCUUUUUUUCUUAUUUUGUGUUCCACUUUUAACUUGCUUGUAAAACUGAAAUGCAUUGUUACUGUUCCGUUUUUCUAUUAAUCUUUUGUGUAUUUUCAGAUUAUGUAACAAUAUGUACAGUCUACUUUUGAACUAUUUUUAUCACAGUAUUAUUUAUUGCUUUCUUUCAAUAAAGUACUGAUGCAUUUUCCACUGCCAAUAAAACACUAUUGCAAAGCUAAGAUCUAAUUGUAUGCAGGCAGAUACUUUGCGGUGAGUGGAUAUUGUCAAUAAAGCAUCUUAAUGAUUGUUUGCUGCCCUGUAGAUCUUGUUUCAAAUUAUGACUUUUCUCCAGUAGAAAAAUGUUCCAUUAGAUGUGACAUUUUCUUUGGAAUUGUUCAAAUUCACAUAUGUUACUCAGUUUUUUUGAAAACCAGUUUUCAGCAGAAAACUGCUUUAUUGCCUACUUCUACUAGUAGUUAGUGCUGUGAUUUACUUUUAAAAAAAGUAACAAAAACUGUCACACAGCUUCAGUGUGUUCUGGUCCACGUGAUGGAAGACUGAAGUGCUGUUCUACAUAGCAGCAACAGUUGCUUUGUUAAUAAAAUGAGAUUAUGACCAUGGUGGUGUUUGGGGAG